UCCCCCCCCCUCUUUCAUCCCAGCUCCCUGCAGGGGGGCGAGGAUUUCUCUCUAAUCGGCCAUCACCAUUCCGGGCCAGGCCGCACACUGCAGUCCCUGGCUAGCUGCAGGUGCUGUCGGGAGCCUCUCUUGACGAGAGGGAGAAGAUUUAAGGCACUUCUGGCAGUAGAGUACAUCUGUGAGCCGACAUGCAGGAGAGCUACGAAACAGUGAUCUCUCUAGCGGAAGAAAUUGCCAUCAGCUGGCCCCGGAUAACUGCCUUCACAGAGACCCGGGGGCGCAGAGGCUUGGCUCCUGGGCUAGAAAUGGAACCCGAGCAAGGGCAGCUGGCACCUUUGCAGGGCCAAGCGGCGGCGGCGGCAGCAAGUCCAGCUGGCUUCAGCGAGGAAGGGAUCCUGCCCGACUUCCGGAGGCAGCUCGGGGUGAUCCUGCAGACUGUAGGCAAGGCUCAGGUGGAGAAGAUGCUGCGGGAGCUGGUCAAGGAGCAGGAGCAGCAGGGAAGAGUCAGGCGGCGCAAAAGGGUGACCAGGAACCCCCGGCACGGAGUAGGUGAUGGAACAGGUGGGCAGAACCACUUGGAGACCCCAGAGGAACUGCACGCUGUGACGGUGGAAGGACCUGCCAUCCCAUCCAGAAAGCCGCCUGAGAAUGAGCUGCAAGUGCCUCUCUUGUGUCCAGGGUUGGUGGCAGGGCAAAAGCAAUCCAUUUCAGGGAAAAUUCUUCAUGGGGAUGCCAGGGGGUGUAAGAACAGCCUCAUCCAUCAGCAGAGUCCUCUGGGGACAAGAUGGGCGGCAGGCCUUGAGUCCAGGGAGAGCAUCGGCUGCAGCCCGCUCCACAUGAGCCGAGGCUCCCAGGAUGGUGGGAGAGUCUGGCCACCUUUUGGUGAAAGAGCCCAGUUUUUUUCAGGGUGGCAGAAACCACGCUGCACCCAGAGACGCCGGCGCCCACCUGCAGGAGAGAAACCCCACCGCUGUGGGCCGUGCAGGAGAACCGUUGUGGCCUCACCAGCAAGAUCUAGCUCACCUUCAAACUCUGCCUUGGCUCCUCUCCUGGACUCGGGCUCUGAGACGUCUCCUGCCCUGCCUCUGAACUCUGCAGGGCCACUGAGCACCCAGCCCUCACCGGGGAACCCAGCUUCAGCCCCACCCCGAAAACCCCACGCCUGUGAGGAGUGCGGCAAGCGGUUCCGAAUCCUCGCCAACUUGGAGCGGCAUCAGCAACGCCACGCUGCAGAAAAGCCUCACCAGUGCCGUGACUGCGGCCGGCGUUUCCGCUGGGGCUGCCACCUGGAGCGCCACCGGCGGUCGCGCCGCUGUGUGGAAUGUGGCGGGGGGCUGGCAACCCCGCCCCCGCCCCCCUCCCCACCCCCGGAACCUGACAGGCCCUACUCCUGCGGGGAGUGCGGGAGGCGGUUCACGCAGCGCUCGGCGCUCAGCAAGCAUCGGCGGCUGCACUCGGGGGAGCGCCCUUACGGCUGUGGCGAGUGCGGGAAGCGGUUCCUGCAGCGUUCCGACCUCACCAUUCACGUGCGCUCACAUUCUGGGGAGCAGCCGUACGUCUGCACGGAGUGCGGCCGCCGCUUCAGCGUCAGCUCCAACCUCAGCAAGCACAGGCGCAUGCACCGUGGGGAGCGCCCUCACGCCUGCACUGUCUGCGCCAAGCGCUUCCUGCAGCGCUCGGAGCUCCUCAUACACCAGCGUGCCCACACUGGGGAACGCCCCUACCCCUGCACAGCCUGCGGAAAGCGCUUUGCUCGCCGGGCCCAUCUCAAGCGCCACCAGCGCACCCAUGGCGGCGUGCCCGCCACGCCUGCUGCCUCGCGUCACCCGAGCGCCCGCUUGCUGGCCACGUCUGCGGUAGACACCACGCCCCUUCUUGAACGUCAGCAGCAUGAACAUGGGGGCGUGCCCGACGCCCUGGAGACACGGCCCCACGCCAACACGCCAGCAGCUGGGCCCACGGUCUUCUCAGCAGCUCGAGGUGCUGCUUCCUUGGGCCUGCCCUGGGCCCUGUCCUCUUCUGCCCGCCUCCCCUUCUGCUCCAGCUCUCUCUGAUCAUGCGGCAGCUUUCCUGAAUCCCUGCCCUUCAUCAGUCCCUCAUGACCAGUGGGUGCCCACGUUGAACCUCAGGUUCAGGGAUGGGGCCCAGCUCUGGGGGAACGUAGUGGGGGAACAGGCCAGGUCCUUCUGGAGCGUGGGAGUGGCUUACAUUUUGGGAUCCAGCCCUUGGUCGCUAGGAAACUUGGCAAUUUUAUUUUUCUCCCUGGGGCCUCCUGCUAGGCUCUGUAAGGGCCGUCAGUGAAUGGGAGAGGCGAGAAGCAGAUGGGCAGCCAAACCUUCCCUGGUCCGUUGAUUCAGCUCUUCAGUGUCAAUUGGUGUGAUCCAAGCUGGGCAUGUUAUUUAACGUCUGGCAGGGAGGGGUUAGGUAAGCUGUGGCCUUGCACAUUGGGGCAAGCGUCCCAGAGUAGACUGCAGCUAAUGAGUGCAAGUAACCAGCAUUGUUUGCAAAUCACCGUGUGAUCACAGGCAUGAAUUUCUCAGACACGCACACGACAUUACUUGUUCUUUUGGCAUCAUGCAGCACAUGGUCACCUAUCCUCCUCCUCCUCCUCCUCCCCCCCUUAACCCCACCUUUGUAAAAUUUGUUAGGGCUCCCAACACUUAAAUGCUUGGCCUUCAUGGCCAGUGAUCUUUUGAUCGGACUGCCUUUGUUUCCCUUUGUGGGAAGAGAAGUUCAGCUAGGCUCCUCCCAAGACAAAAUGCCACACUUGCUCAUGCUGAUGAGUCCCGUAGACUUUCAUGCAAGCACUGGCCAUUGCUUAAAUUGGGGGCAGGCUGUGUGUGUCUUUUAGGGUCCGGUACAGUUCGUGGUUCUCUGCUGUCGGUAAAUGAGAUUACCACAAGGCCCAAGCUCUGGAAGAUCUGGAACCGCGGUGAAAGAGAGAAGCUGAAGGAAGGAAAGAAAGGACAGUCACUGAUCCUUCAGUUCAGAAGCGGUGAAUGGCGCAGUGAGCUCUGGCAGGAUUUUAACUUGGCUGCUGCUUGCUGAAUUCGGGACAAGUUGGCUAGUGCCUUCAAAAGUGCUUCCUUCACCACCAGCUCCUGAGAAAGCAGACAGGCAGAGGACGGAAAGCAGACUGGCAGAGGAAGAAAAGCAGGAGGUGUCUGCUUUGGUGGGAAUUGUGGACUGGAACACUUUAAGGGUGGGAAGGAGCCUGGCUUCUACAUCCACUGAUGCUUUAGCCAGCUCUGAUGAGAGCGGAGAAGCUGAUGCUGAGCAGGGAUUGACCCCAUCCCCGGCCACCACCACUCUCAAGGGCUGUGUGUGGUUGUUUACCAGACCAGUGUUAUUUCUCCAGUUGCUUGUACAUUCCUGGUACCUUUUGGACUGGUGUUUUAUUGAUAGGGGUGGGAUCAGAGGGAUGGGUCAUACAAGUCUGUGGUUUGGCCUGGGCUCUAGAGUAGGGAGGGGGUUAAUAAUAUCUGAUUUAGGACUAAUACAGUAGAACUUUGUUUUAUCCAAUUUUAGCAUGGAGUUUCUUUAACCAACGUAGAAACAUGACGAAUCCAAAACUGUACAUAUUAAUGAAUCAAAUAGAAUAUUUUGCGACUCCUUUGCCCCAAAGAAGAUAUUUUGCAGCCCUCAAAACUUGAAAUGCGAAAUCUCUAUUU